ACCGCGUGUUAAUGUAACCAGCGCGGGCGGAUACAUUGUGUCCCGUUUAUCGAGAUCCCGCUGCCGCCGAGCUAGGUUGUAUGUCCCGCGGAGUUUUAUUAUUACAUACACUGCUCUUAUUUCCACGGAGGAAGAAUCCUUGCGAUUAUUUUUUCUUCGGGGUGGGGGGGUGGGGAAGGGGGGUAGAUCGGCUUUCCUCCACCUUGGCCUGGAUGUUUCCUCGAGGAAUCCUGGAGAGAACUUUAGGCCGAGAUUGAGCAAGAAAGAAAACGAGAGGAGGCCGCGGGAAGAGUCUGGCCUGCUUAGGAUGCUGUUGUUCCUACUGAGUGAUUGUAUGGCUUGUGGGAAUUGCCUCGUGUUGUCCGAUGUGCUGCGGGACUAGGGAAGGUGCCCCUUGAUUUGCGUCCCGUUUGCGGUGGGUGGGUCUGGAGGAUUGGGAGAGGCUGAAUCCUUUAUUCUUUGCAACUCUCCAGGGGAGGGGUGCUCUUCUUCGUUCCCUUCCUCAGCCGGGCUGCUUUGAGCACAAUACUCCGUCCUCCUGAUUUGUUCCCCGGUGUCCCGUGCGUGACCUGGCCCUGAGUCUCUCGCUGAGAGCAUCGCGGCCCUUUGUAUUGGAACUCCUUGGUUGUGGAGCUCGUCCGCCUCUCGCCUGGACUGGGCACUUGACUUGGUUGGAUUCCCUCCCUCGGAGCGAGAGAAAAGAAGCCUCCGCCGCCUCCGCUCGGGCUUUCCGGUCUUACAGCUGUAUCUCGCAAGUUCGCCGCCGGCCGAGAAAGGGGCGCUUGUUUACUUCCCCACAGAGGAGCGAAAGGACGAGCCCCGCCGGCCACGAGGAAGGACCCGUCACAGCCUGGACAGCGCCUGCGGCCCCAGCGCGCGACCGGAGCUCGCCUUACUCCCCCCCCCCCGGCUCAUAAAACAAGCGAACAACAAAGGAAGCGGCUGGGCUUGGGCUGGCGUGAGACAGAGGCGGGAGGAUGGUCCUGCCGCUGAGGCGACAGCCUGAGUAGCGCGCUUGCCCGUAGUCGCCUCCUCCCGCCGGGUUUGUUCCUCGGGAUCUAAACUUUGGGACUCGUGUCAAGGAUUGAGCUGCAAAGAAACAAGACGGCCGUCAGAGCCAUGUUCCCUCAGAGUCGGCAUCCCACACCACAUCAAGCUGCAGGACAGCCCUUUAAGUUCACCAUCCCAGAGUCUCUAGACCGCAUCAAGGAGGAGUUCCAGUUCCUCCAAGCUCAGUAUCACAGCCUUAAAUUGGAGUGUGAGAAGCUGGCAAGUGAAAAGACAGAAAUGCAGAGGCACUAUGUGAUGUAUUAUGAAAUGUCGUAUGGAUUAAAUAUUGAAAUGCACAAACAGACAGAAAUUGCCAAGAGGCUGAAUACAAUCUGUGCACAAGUGAUCCCAUUUUUGUCUCAAGAACAUCAACAGCAAGUGGCUCAAGCAGUAGAACGUGCCAAACAAGUGACCAUGGCUGAGUUGAAUGCCAUCAUCGGGGUACGUGGCCUUCCAGGUCUACCUCCUACACAACAGCAGUUGCAGGCUCAACACCUCUCACAUGGCCAUGGACCUCCAGUGCCUCUAACACCACACCCAUCAGGACUUCAGCCUCCUGGGAUCCCACCCCUUGGGAGCAGCGCUGGCCUUCUUGCCCUUUCAAGUGCUCUGGGUGGGCAGUCUCACUUGGCAAUAAAAGAUGACAAGAAGCACCAUGAUACAGACCACCACAGAGACAGAGAUCCGGGCACAAGUAAUUCACUCUUGGUUCCGGACAGCCUGCGGAGCACAGAUAAACGUAGGAAUGGCCCUGACUAUUCCAGUGACAUGAAAAAAAGGAAAGUGGAUGAUAAGGAUUCAAGCCACUAUGACAGUGACGGUGACAAAAGUGAUGACAACUUAGUUGUUGAUGUAUCCAAUGAGGACCCUUCAUCUCCAAGAGCAAGUCCUGCUCAUUCACCUCGUGAGAAUGGCAUAGAUAAAAGUCGCCUACUGAAGAAGGAUGCUUCUAGCAGUCCUGCAUCCACAGCUUCAUCAGGAAGUUCUGCUUCCAUGAAAUCCAAAGAAAUAGGUUUGCAUGAAAAAGCCAGCACACCUGUUCUGAAGUCCAGCACACCAACUCCACGAAGCGAUGUGCCGACCCCAGGAACAAGCGCUACGCCAGGACUUCGUGCAGGUCUUGGCAAACCUCCAACAAUGGACCCUCUGGUCAAUCAAGCUGCUGCUGGCUUGAGAACACCACUGGCUGUGCCAGGACCAUAUCCUGCACCAUUUGGAAUGGUACCUCAUGCUGGCAUGAAUGGAGAGCUGACCAGUCCAGGUGCAGCCUAUGCCAGUCUACACAACAUGUCCCCGCAGAUGAGUGCUGCUGCGGCUGCAGCUGCUGUGGUUGCCUAUGGACGGUCUCCUAUGGUUGGAUUUGACCCUCCUCCUCAUAUGAGAGUACCUGGCAUCCCCCCAAAUCUGGCUGGAAUCCCUGGAGGAAAACCAGCUUACUCCUUUCACGUCACUGCAGAUGGUCAGAUGCAACCAGUACCUUUCCCUCCAGAUGCACUCAUUGGACCAGGAAUACCUCGCCAUGCUCGCCAAAUCAACACCUUGAAUCAUGGUGAAGUGGUUUGUGCAGUUACUAUCAGCAACCCAACAAGACAUGUAUAUACUGGUGGGAAGGGAUGCGUCAAAGUCUGGGAUAUAAGUCAACCUGGCAACAAGAGUCCUGUUUCUCAGCUGGACUGCCUGAACAGAGAUAACUAUAUUCGAUCUUGUAAAUUGCUCCCUGAUGGAUGCACCCUGAUUGUUGGUGGAGAAGCCAGCACAUUAUCUAUUUGGGACCUGGCAGCUCCAACUCCACGUAUCAAAGCAGAAUUGACGUCCUCUGCUCCUGCCUGCUAUGCUCUAGCAAUCAGCCCUGACUCCAAGGUCUGCUUCUCCUGCUGCAGUGAUGGGAACAUUGCCGUGUGGGAUCUGCACAAUCAGACUCUCGUCAGGCAAUUCCAGGGCCACACAGAUGGAGCCAGCUGUAUUGACAUUUCUAAUGAUGGUACCAAGCUCUGGACAGGAGGCCUGGACAACACUGUGAGAUCCUGGGACUUGAGAGAAGGGAGGCAGUUACAGCAGCAUGACUUCACAUCCCAGAUCUUUUCCCUUGGCUAUUGUCCCACGGGCGAAUGGCUUGCUGUGGGAAUGGAGAGCAGUAAUGUGGAAGUACUGCAUGUAAAUAAACCAGAUAAAUAUCAGCUUCAUCUUCAUGAGAGCUGUGUUCUGUCGCUCAAGUUUGCUUACUGUGGCAAAUGGUUUGUAAGUACUGGAAAAGAUAACCUCCUAAAUGCUUGGCGGACCCCAUAUGGUGCCAGUAUAUUCCAGUCCAAAGAGUCUUCAUCUGUGUUGAGCUGUGAUAUCUCUGUGGAUGAUAAAUAUAUAGUCACGGGCUCAGGAGACAAGAAAGCUACUGUCUAUGAAGUAAUCUACUGAAAACAGAAAUGUCAUAAACAUAACUUCUAAGAGUUAAACUGGGCCAAAACGUUCUUAAUUUGUAGAAGUAGAAAGGCUUUACCUUUUUUAAUAAAAAAGGAAGAACUUGGUUUCCACAUUUUCAAAUGAUGCUGUUCAGCACGUAUUAAACAGAAGGCGACUUUGUUGACAUCCAGCGACUGGCUACUCGGACCAGUGUGAAUCAAGAAGGCAAGCUGGAUGAAGCAGCAUAGUGUCGGUGGAUUUUAAAAGCAGAGUCAGCUUAAGACUGUUGCAGCCCCCCUCCCCACCCUUAGGACCUCAUAAAGAUUAUGCUCAUUGCCUGAAUAUGUGGAUUAUGUUUCAGUUCUUGCAAUUCCACCUGCAUUCUGUCUUCUGUAGAGCAGUGAUAUCUUGGAUGAACUUGUUUCCUGGUUUUGCCUCUUGGGAUAUGGGUUUUUUGUAUUUUUGUUGAAGAUCAAACAUUUGUAUAAAUUGUAAAUAUAUUUGGUUUAUUACAGUAAAGGCUUUAGUAUCAAUAAAUUGUCUUUUUCCCCUGAUGAUCUUGAAAUGAUCUUUUAAAGGAUUUUUUUUCCUUUUUGUAAUUUAAAACUUUUAAUAAGCUAGUUCAGAACUAUGUGAAACAUUUGAGAAAGUCUUUAUAUGAGAAGUAUUCGUAAAACUUGUUUUAUUAGAAUUUGAGAGUUUCAUGCAAAAGAUGUAGCAUUCAGAUAUUGUCUUGUACUACAAAAAACUGAAAAACAAGAACUUUUACAUUCAGAAUAAAAUUUAAAUUUUGAAGAGCAGUUUAUACAGGAACAUUUAUAAACAGAUGUUUAAGAAAUCAAAUCUAUGAUGCACCUAUAGGUUGCAGCCUGUGAGUUGCUUUCAGUGUUGAGCUGAACUUGGGAACAUUUCUGAGUGUUUUACCUUUGAGUCUUUCCCAUUGUUAUAUUGGUAUAUUGCUGCAAAGCACACAGCGCUUUCAAGAAGAGAAUCGAGGAUGAGUGUUUCCAGAAGAAUCUGAGGGUUAUUGCAGGUUGUAUAAUUAUCUUAAGUGGUGCAUUUGAUGCAUAGGUUAAUAAUGAAUCUUAGAUGGAGUUGAAAAAAAAUCUUUAUGCUCAUAUGUUUCAGUUCUCUUAGACAGUCUCCUCUUACUGUUUAUUCAUACAAAAUAAAAUGACCAGUGUACUUACACUGGUGCAAAAGAAUGUCACCUGGAAGCCUGUGUGAGAGGUUCACUGGCUUAACUGCAGGCAAAGUUUCCCAUUUAGGAACAAAUUUCUGUCUUGCUUCCGCUAUCUGAAGAGACAUUAAUUUUCUUUUCAAUUUACAUGCUCGUUCUACUGAAUCCAUUUUGUAGCAGUAUAGAAUGAUAAUAGCCCUAACAUAUAUAAUUCUGCAUUUGGAAUGUAAAGCAUUAACUAUUUUGCCAUGGCCUAGUUCAAUAGCCUUGAAAAUUAGUACCGUUGUCUAUCUGUAUACCUGUGGCCACACUAAAGAUGUGCGUCUGUAUGAAAAUGAGUGACAGAGCAAGUGUAAUUAUGAUAUGCUUUUUGACUGUUCACAAAUCCUGUCAAGUAUUCUACCUUAGAAGACCCACAAAUGAAAGUUUCUUGAAUUUAAAUGUUAGGAUAAUGUCUCUUUCGCUGCCCCCCCCCCCAAUAACUCCUAUCUGUUGGCACAUUAGUUGUAUUUGCUUUUUGAGGAGACUGUGCUACCCAGUUCUGAAAAGAAUCAAUGGCUAUGAUUGUCAAGUGUGGUGGGUCUGAUUCUGUUUGGGUAAACUUAAGAUAGAAAUGUGUUUUCACUCAAACUGUAUUCUUUCGAAAAAUCAAGAAAUUGUAUAGCUGCUGGUAAGUGAUCCUUCCCCCACCAUUACUACUACUUCUUUUUAGGCAAAUAAAACACAGCAUUCAGUUGCAGAAUUGGA